GGUGAGGAAGGCCCUCCCAGUUUGGAGUAUAUCCAGGCCAAGGACUUGUUCCCCCCGAAAGAGCUUGUGAAGGAAGAAGAGUCAUUGCAGGUCCCAUUCACUGUGUUGCAGGGUGAGGGGGUGGAGUAUCUUGGCCAUGCAAACGAUGCUGUGAUCGCCAUCUCCAACUACCGGCUUCACAUCAAAUUCAAGGAUUCUGUGAUCAAUGUGCCUUUGAGGAUGAUGGAAAGUGUGGAGUGUCGGGAUAUGUUCCAGCUUCACAUCGUCUGCAAGGACUCCAAAGUGAUCAGGUGCCAUUUUUCCACCUUUAAGCAGUGCCAGGAGUGGCUAAAGAGGUUAACUCGAGCCAUUGCCCGCCCUGCUAAGCCUGAGGACCUCUUUGCAUUUGCCUACCAUGCGUGGUGCUUAGGAGUCUGUGUUGAUGAGGAGGAUCAACAUGCACAUCUCUGCCGUCCAGGAGACCAUGUGAGAUACCGAUUUGAGAUGGAGCUGGUGAGGAUGGGCUUUGAUUUGCAGAACGUCUGGCGUGUCUCUGACAUCAACAACAAUUACAAGCUUUGUUCCAGUUAUCCCCAGAAGCUGCUGGUCCCUGUCUGGAUCACCGAUAAGGAGCUAGAGAACGUGGCUUCAUUUAGAUCAUGGAAGAGGAUCCCUGUGGUGGUGUACAGACACGUGCGCAACGGGGCGGUGAUCGCACGCUGCAGCCAGCCUGAGAUCAGCUGGUGGGGCUGGCGAAACGCUGACGACGAGUAUCUGGUGACAUCUAUUGCCAAAGCCUGUGCCUUGAACCCUGGAGUGAAGGCAGCUGGUGGCGUCCAGCACAGUGGGGGCAGCGACGGCAGCGAGCCCUGCGACACGGAUUUCGACUCAUCCCUGACCGCGUGUUCGGGCGUGGAGAACGCAGGAACUCCUCAGAAGCUGCUGAUUCUUGAUGCCAGGUCCUACACCGCGGCUGUGGCCAACAGAGCAAAGGGAGGCGGCUGCGAAUGUGAAGAGUAUUAUCCCAACUGUGAGGUUGUGUUCAUGGGCAUGGCCAACAUCCAUUCCAUCCGGAACAGCUUCCAGUAUCUGCGUGCGGUCUGCAGUCAGGUGCCAGACCCCAGCAACUGGCUGUCAGCCCUGGAGAGUACCAAGUGGCUGCAGCACCUCUCUGUCAUGCUGAAGGCAGCAGUGCUGGUCUCCAGUGCAGUCGACAGAGAAGGGAGACCAGUGUUGGUUCAUUGCUCAGACGGCUGGGACAGGACUCCGCAGAUCGUAGCGCUGGCAAAGAUUCUUCUGGACCCUUAUUACAGGACCAUGGAGGGCUUCCAGGUGCUUGUUGAAUCAGACUGGCUGGAUUUUGGUCACAAGUUUGGUGAUCGCUGUGGUCAUCAGGAGAAGGUGGAAGAUCAGAACGAGCAGUGCCCAGUUUUUCUUCAGUGGCUGGAUGCUGUUCAUCAGCUUCUGAAGCAAUUUCCUUGCCUCUUUGAAUUUAAUGAAGCUUUUUUG